CCCCUCUAACACGUGUUUCCUCGGUUUGUUUACGUCCAGAACCUUGGGCUCUUAUUUAGACCUGGAAAACCGCUCGUACUCAAAGAUGGGAAAGAAAAGAAGGCACCAAGAAGUAGUAGAAGAAGCUGAAGAAGAUAAUUCACAGAUAAAAGACGAACCAAUAGUAGGUGACAAGAAGUUUAAUGAAUUUGAUGUGAAGAAUGUUGGGCAGCGUCUGAUCGUCGUGCUGGAGAGGGCGAAUUUGGAGAGUGUAAAGAACGGCAAGAACUACGAACUCCUAAACUGCGAUGAUCACAUGGGAAUGAUGAAGAAGUUCAAGAAGGACCCUGCAGACUGCCGACCUGAUAUCCUUCACCAGUGCCUCCUCAUGUUGCAGGACUCGCCUCUCAAUCAGGCUGGCAAACUUCAGGUGUACAUUCACACUGAAAAGAAUGUCCUUAUAGAAGUGAACCCACAGUGCAGAAUACCAAGAACCUUCAAAAGAUUUGCUGGUUUAAUGGUCCAGCUACUUCACAAGAUGAGUGUGCGGGCUUCGGAUGGAAGCAUGAAACUGCUGAAGGUUAUCCGCAACCCAGUCAGCGACCACUUCCCCCCUGGCGUUAAGAAGAUCGGAACCUCUUUCCAGGCCAAGAACCUCGUCAACCCACGGUCACUUGUCCCCCCCAAGGAGUCACUGGUUGUGGUGAUAGGGGCAAUGGCUCAUGGCAAAGUGGAGGUGGACUACACCGAAGAGGAGGUAUCAUUCUCAAACUAUCAUCUCUCGGCUGCUCUCGCCUGUUCCAAACUGUGCAAUGGCUUUGAGGAAGUGUGGGGUAUCAAGUAAUGACAGGAGAAGUUGCAUGCAUGAGUGCUGUUAAUUGUGAUGUUUGUCAUAAUAUAGAUUAUAUGUAAAAAGUUUUGUUUUCUUGAUUAUGCACCCUUGUUAAGUUGUUUGGAAGGAUACUAUGAAUAAAAUGAUAUUUACAGUCAGUUACAAAUGCUAGCAUAGAUGUUUCUUAAUGUGUUCCUUUCCUGAUAUCUGUUUUAUUCAUCAUCCUGUGAUAUCAUUCUUUAUUCUUAACCCAUUGCCGCCGGGGAAAAUGCUGUACUCAUUUUUUAUAUUUUUGUGAAAUAUCUCCAUAGAUGGCUCUGCUAGUCCUGAUUUCACCUUCCCUUGAAUUGGCAGGAAAAAACUUAUUUUUACUAGUGCUAUAAAUAUAGAUGGUGUUAUUUUUAACAGCAAAUUAAGAUAACGUUAAAUAUUUUCAUAAAUCGAUGAAAAGGGUGAACGGGCGAGACAGGCAGUACUCAUAAUUAUGAGCCAUAGUUAGUACAAGUGUAGCCAUCUAUGUGUAAAAACAAUCAAACAAGUCGACUCACAGUGGGCAUGGCAUGCACCAAGCGGCAAUGGGUUAAAAUUUGUAAUGCAAAAUCUAUGCAACCUAAACAAAAAUCAAUCUCUAAAAUAUAGUAGAUAACAGUAAAUACCAUGAAUAGUCAGCAUUGUUUAAAACAUUAUAACAACUCAAGUUUAUGUUCCAAUAUUAACCUUUUCAUUCCAUUUCCUCAAAAUAAGGAUCCCACAAUUUACAAGGAAUACUGAGGGAGUUGA